AUGGCAAUUUCUGAUAUGGUGGUUGGUAAUUUGACGAUCUUGUACUUGGUGGUGAUAGCAGCGAUCAAGGUUUACAGCCAACUAAGCGGGCGGUGCUACGGCGGAGCGGCGAUGCUGAUUCUGUCGACAACAGUCGUUGGAUUGUUGUUAGUACUAGCGCUGACGUGGGAUGUAUCCCGUAAGGUGGUGACGUGUGCGGUGGUUACUCGUGGCCAUGAUGAGGUGGAGGUGGCACAUGAGCUGUGUCGAGGUGGCAUAUGUUGGCACGGUGUUGCCGUUAAGUAUCCGGCGUCACAAGUCCGGUUCAGGCUACCUCAACAGCAAACCAUGAACCGGCAAUGA